AUGUCGGACGACUAUGACUCCUGUGACCCCCAACUCUAUGACUCUGAAGAGUUUCUCGACUUCUCGGACGACCUCUACGAUGGGGAAGAUCUCUGCCACUACUGCAAGGAAGAGCCAAACGACAGCAAAUGUCAAUUUUGCAACUGCUGGGAGUACGACUGCCACGUCCCUGACCCAUGGGCCUGCUCCGAAUCCUGCGAGUGUGAGAGUUGCACGGAAUACCGCUCCGAGUUCCCGUUUCCUCUCCGGUCGAACUCAGAGAGCCCGCUCACGCCGGCAACAAUCUAUGAUCGCUCUACAGUCUAUGAGCUCCUUCGGUUUGUUCACGAUCGCCACCUGGUAGACCCGCAGCCGGGCGGCCUCACACACAAGCAUCUCUACUAUCRCAUCCUCCGUGCUGCGGAUGAGAAGCCUAGCUUCCGAUUCCUGGAUCUGUCCGCCGAGAUGCGAAACCACGUCUACCAUGACUUGCUCAUCUUUCCACGAGCGGGAGCCCGCACAGAAACGACAUGCUUUCCCGCAAUCCUCAGAACCUCCGGCCAGGUUAAUCGGGAGGGCAAAGGUAUUUUGUACGGCGACAAUGUCUUCCAGGUCAAAAUCACCCAGGACCACACCACAAGCGCCUCAGUCAAGAAAAGCAUACGCGURCAUGACGAGAACUUCCCAAUCACCUGCCUGCACAACAAGUUUAGCCGCAUUCCAGAGGCGAUCAAUGCAUACCCCGAGGUCUUCAAGCGCAUCCAACAACUAGAAAUUGAAGUCAAAUUCAUUUGCAUGGACGUCGGUCGCAAUUGGCUGCACGGGAGCCAUAGCUGGGACUUCAUCAACAGGUGUCUGCUCUCGCUAUCAUCCUUCCUCAUGGAUGGCCACGAACUGAAGAAGAUCAAGAUCGAAUUCAAGGUUGUCACCUCCGAGCACCAGAACGACUUGCCGGAGGAUUGGGAGAUUGGCUACAUGCUGUACCCACUGCGUCGCCUACGCGGUGUCAAGAAAGUAGAGGUCACUGGAUCUCUCCCGAAGAAGAUGGCCAAACUCAUCGUCAGCGAGCUUCAGAGUACGGCGAAAGCGCCCCACAACACUUUAAGACACUGGCAGCUUCUUGAAACGGAAGCUAUUGCACGUCUCCUACUUACUCAACAUCUUCAUGGAUCGGAAUGUCACUGCGGAUCGUGCUACGAACCAAUGGAGUUCUGCAUGCUUGAGCUACAGAACGCCUUUGCGACUGUUCAGGACCACGAGAUCUUCCAGAGCGAGAGUCCUGGCAUUGAAACCUCUGUGAAGGAGGAGAAUCUACAGGUACGCCUGGCCGGCCUUCAACGCGCUCUUCGCGCUGCGAGAGCUGCCGAGUUGAAGGUAAAGUUCGAUGCAUUCUUCAAGGCGGAGAAGGAGAGGCGGAGGUUUGAUAGUCGUGUCGGACAGGAAAUCCCGAUGGAUGCGGAGAAGAAAUGGGGGGAUGUCGACAUCGAUGAUGAGGAUGGAACGGAGGAUUUGCGCGCACGUACAGACUGGGGAUUUGCCGAGUAUGAAGAGGGCGAUCAUGUUGACUUGGCCACGUGA